CACGCUCAGCUCGCAUCGGCCGAGCAGCGCGAAAGGCUGAAGGGUGGGAUCGACAGCCUUCCAUACUCACUGCACGUCCGCUCGUAGUCAACCCGUCUGUAUCACACCAUCCAUCUAAUUCUCACAAACCCACCUCGCUGUGCACGCCGGCGGGCGCAUCUCCAUUCGCUCGUACACAGUACCUCACAUUCGCUUGACCAGAACCAGACCAGAUCAAACACGAUUUCUUACGACACGAAUCCUCCCAACCGAAAGCGGCUGCCAGUUGCGACACGAUGCGCUUCCACGCCUUUGAUCGGCGCGCCAAAACUGCGCCUUCGUCCUACCCUCGCGUUGUCUUCCAUGGCAUACGGAGCGGACAGCUCCUCGCGAGCUUGGUCGUUGGAGGCAUCAUGAUGUAUUUCAUCUACCAGCUCACACACGACAAGUGGAAUACGCCGUGGACGUUUAUCUGGCUUUCUGCCGCCUCGCUCUUCUCCAUAGUCGCCCUCCUUGUCACGAUCGUACUGCACUGCUGCUUCGGCCUCAAUCCGCGGUUCAAUCUCGCCAUCAAUGGCUUCCUGCUGGUGGUCUGGGCGAUCAGCUGGUCACUUCUGACGUGGUUCAUGAGUGGGACACUUGCGAACAUGUGCGAUGUGCAGCAUUGGCAUGAGGACGUGGGGAUCAUGGUAUGCAGGAUAUACAAGGCACUGUUCACGUUCACAUUGCUGGGCUUCAUCUCCACGAUCGCGGCUUUCCUUUUGGAUAUCUGGGUACAUCGCAAGAACACUUCGAGGGGGAUGUACAAACUGCAAGAGCUGGAUCACAAGAACAGACCGAACGCUGUGCGUGGGCCUUUUACAGAUCUUGAUCACGAUGAGCUCAGGCCUGGCAACCCACGUGAGAGCAGCGCAUGGGAAGCACCGCGGCACUCUAUGGGUCCAUAUGGCGAGCAACCAGAACUCAGAGCACCGCGUCACGGCUAUGCUGUGCCAGAAGGACAGUUCGGUUACGACACGGGGUACAGUAAUGGUCACCAUCAGAUGCGAUGAUCUCCCAUGUGGGCGAGGAGACAUGGAGUUGAGGAUGUUUUGAGCUUGUUGCGUUUUCUAGCCAUUUGAGAUACCACUUGCGCAGGUCACCGCGAGACAUGUUACGAUGAUGAUAUGAUAGCGAC